UGCUGAAUCUCUGAAUGCUCAGCUUCGGGCAAGUUUGCCCCAUGUUAAAGUCGCUAUUACCAUUUAGCGAACCCGUUAAAACGGAGAAGCGAUUCGCCAGCAGAUCGGGGACAAACGAAGGUUACUCGAGCUUUUCGUUCGGCGAACGUGUUCAGUCGUCGCUGAUCGUUCGACAAAAUCGGUUCGCUCGGUAGCAGAUAAACGCGCGUCGUUUCUUUAGUUUAGCCGACGAUCCUUCGCCGGUGCGGUGGUCGUUGUGUAAUCGACCCCCGUCAGUUUUCUUCGUCGACAAAUCUACAUACGUUGUGAGUGAUUGGCAUCCAGACACAUCACUUUCUUCCUCUUCUUGAACAUCAAACAUAUUUUUAGAACGUACUCAGGUAGCUUGGCGAAGCUUCGCUAACUGCGACUACGUUCAUUGCCGGCCAAAAGUUUCAUAUCGCUUGUGUAAAUAAUUAUUUACGAGCGUCUUUCAAUUCGUUCGACGAGUCCAGUGAAAGAUUUACAGAUUUUUACUUUGAACGAGUUCGCUGCCAGAAAAGUGAUUCUUUGUUUAAUAAAAGAGGAUUACAUUUUUUAUCGCGUUAUUUGUACGACAAAUUGUAUCAGACAACGAAGUUCUUUUUAAAAUUUAGUGCUGAUAAAAAAAGGGGAAAAGUGACAUAGACGCCGAUAGUAGUCGAUUCGUAUACAGAAGUUAUUAUAUUCAGAGAUAAGAACAAAUGUGCAAAUGUUACGAGCGUGACGCAAAUCAGCUCUGUCUCGUUACCGUUCAACACGCGAGAUAACAAAGCAAAAAUUGAAGAACAAUUUGUGAGACGGAUAAAAAAUGCUGAAAAUUUGGAUCACGGUUUGCGCCAUUGCGGCGAUCUUCAGUCAUGUCCUUGGGAAUCCUGUUUCGACGAAGAAAGAAGGACUCACGCUGAGGAUCCUUCAUACAAACGACAUGCAUUCCAGAUUCGAGGAAACAUCAAAAUUAUCGACCGUCUGUUCCAAGAACGACGCCAAAGCAGGAAAAUGCUACGGAGGAUUCGCUAGAAUAGCAACCCUAGUUCGUGAAGCACGGAAGUCACCAACCCCUUGUAUCUUCCUGAAUGCUGGGGAUACUUAUCAAGGAUCUAUUUGGUACAAUGUAUACAAAUGGAAGGUGGUAACCAAGUUCCUGAACAUAUUGGCUCCAAAUGUAACGAGUUUGGGCAACCACGAAUUCGACGACGGUGUGGAAGGACUGAUACCCUUCAUCGAGAACGCCACGUUCCCCAUAGUAACUUCGAAUCUGGAUCUAAGCAAACAGCCAAAUUUAGCCGCCACAAAGUUGUUAAACAGCACAGUACUUACCGUAGAUAACACGAAAAUCGGUGUGAUCGGCUAUCUGACGCAAGAAACAAAGUUUAUCGCCAGAUCAGAAGAGGUGAUCUUCUUGGACGAGGUAGAGAGCAUUCGCAGAGAGGCAAAAGCGUUGAAGCAACAAGGUGUUGAUAUAUUGAUCGCUCUGGGACACUCUGGCUUCGAGGUGGACAAACGAAUCGGCAGAGAAGUGGAGGACAUCGAUCUAGUGAUCGGUGGACACACAAACACUUUCCUUUAUAAUGGGAAACAGCCUGAUGUGGAGGUUCCCGAGGGACUUUAUCCUACGGUAGUGACGCAGAAAAGCGGAAGAAAGGUGUACGUGGUUCAAGCAUACGCGUAUACCAAGUAUGUGGGGAAUUUUACGGUAACCUUUGAUACUGAGGGAGAAGUGACAAACAUCAAAGGCAAUCCUAUACUCGUUGACAACAGUAUCGAACAGGCAAAGGAUAUUUUGGAUGAAUUGGAACAAAUGAGAGGUGCUAUUGACAACAUUAGUCUAACAGUGGUUGGAAAAACUCGCGUUCUUCUUGAAGGAGAUAGCAAAGUAUGCAGGCGAGAAGAAUGUAAUCUAGGUAAUCUAAUCACAGAUGCUAUGAUUGACUAUAAUGCUGGAGAAUAUGCAGGCAGAGAUGGUUGGACUGAUGCAGCAAUAGCUUUCCACAAUGGUGGUAGCAUCAGAACUUCUAUCACCAGAGCAAAUGAUGAUAAAAUUACUAUGGGAGAUGUCCUUAGCGUAAUACCUUUUCAUAAUGCAAUAAUGAAAGUUUCAAUGACUGGAGAUCUCAUUCUGUCUGUAUUGGAAUGGAGUGUUCAAAACUUGGAGAUGAAUGUAACUGCAAAUCUGUUUGGUGCAUUUGCGCAAUUUUCUGGACUUCAGGUACAAUAUGAUUUAUCAAAACCAAAGAAUUCAAGAGUAAUUUCAGUACAAGUACAGUGUGCAGAUUGUAAUGUACCUAUGUAUAGCAAACUAGAAAGAAAUAAAACUUACAAUGCGCUUCUUCUUGAUUUUAUGCAAAGUGGUGGUGACGGAUAUACUAUGUUGAAAGACCUCAAAGCUCAACCUUUAGGUGUUACCACGGCAGAGACACUUGCAGAAUAUUUAAAGAAACAUAGUCCAGUGCAUCCUGGGGUUGAAUGGCGAAUUAGUUAUGUAAAUGCAAAUGUAAAUGAAAAUGAAAAUGAGCAGAACAAAAGUAGUGGUUGCAUUAGCAUGUACCAAUCACUCAAUUUGACAGUUUUGUUAUCACUAAUCAGUUGGUUAUUUAUAAGAUAGGCACAAUAGGAUACAUGUUGAAUAAUCAAACUUCAGUAUUUCAAACCUCAGAUUUUAUUUUGUAUAAAAAAUUUUUUAUACACACUCUAUUUUUGUCACUAUCUCAACCUUUGUCAUAUGGUAAAAGCAUCACUGAAAUUUUAAUUGAUAACAAAUUAAAAACAUUUUAUAAAUA